GAGACAUGAAGAUAUGCGAGGUUCAGCAAAAGUGAUGGAAUUCAUAUGGGGAGAUGAUCCUGACCUGGAACUGACUGAACCUCCACCUGAUGUUGUGCUAGGUUCUGAUGUAAUCUAUAGUGAGGGAGCAGUUUUGGAUUUGCUGUCUACACUGCGGCAACUCUGUGGAGGUGAAACAACAAUCUUUUUGGCUGGAGAACUUCGAAAUGAUGCUGUCCUUGAAUACUUCUUAGAGUGCGCAAUGAAGGAUUUUGUAAUUGGGCGUUUGGACCAAAGACAAUGGCAUCCGGACUAUUGCAGCAGUCGUGUUGUUUUGUAUGUUCUCGUCAAGAAGUGAUAGUUGAGGGGGGGAAAUGAUCAAUGGGUAAUUCAUAACCAAUACAAGUUCAAUCAUAAAUGGUCAUGUAAUUCACUUUCAUUGACCUGUAUUCAUGAAAAAGAGAGGAAAGCCCUUAAGUUGUGGCCUGUAUUCAUCUCUUUUAGUCUCAGUUUUGAGUGAUGCCAUGCCAGAAGAGGAGAAUGCUUCAAUUUUGGAAUCAAACUUUUGUUACAUUUCU